CGGCGUCAGGGUGCCCUGAGCUCCUGCCUUUCUCCUACAGAGAGGCUUUGAGAAGGCAGCAGUGGUUGGAUCUGCGUGGAACGUUUAGGUGGACCGGAGCAUGGACAAUAUCCAUGAUGGUGACGGGAGCUCCAGCAGCAGCCACCAAGGCCUCAAGAGCACGGCCAAGUGGGCAACCUCCUUGGAGAAUCUUCUGGAAGACCCAGAAGGCGUGAAGAGAUUCAGGGAAUUUUUGAAAAAGGAAUUCAGUGAAGAAAAUGUCUUGUUUUGGCUAGCGUGUGAAGAUUUCAAGAAAAUGGAGGACAAGAAUCAGAUGCAGGAGAAGGCCAAGGAGAUCUACAUGACCUUCCUGUCCAACAAGGCUUCUUCACAAGUCAACGUGGAGGGGCAGUCUCGGCUCAGUGAAAAGAUUCUGGAAGAACCACACCCUCUGAUGUUCCAGAAGCUCCAGGACCAGAUCUUCAAUCUCAUGAAGUAUGACAGCUACAGCCGCUUCUUGAAGUCUGACUUGUUUUUGAAACACAAGAGGACGGAGGAAGAGGAAGAAGAUCCUCCCGAUGCUCAAACCGCAGCUAAACGAGCUUCCAGAAUUUACAACACAUGAGCCCCGAGAGCCAGAAGAGCAGAGGGAUGGACUCUUGGAACUGUGCAGGGUUGUCAUCGCUUGUCGCGUUUGAGGACUGAAGUGUGCCAGACCUUCCCGUGGGAUAUGUGUAUUUUAUUACAUGUUUGACCAGUAACUUUUGCAUGAUGACUAAUCUUCCAUUAAAAACAAAGUAGCUUUGAAGUUUCAGUUCACAAAACAAACGAGAUUCCGCCAACACUGGACACUCAGAGCAUUUUAAUCCUAAUUAAAUUUCCUGUGAGGCCACAGGUGAAGCCUUUCACUACUUCUGCUUUGUGAGCCUUCAUCCUGCCUCUCUGGCCUGGGUUGUGUGCUCCACAGACUCUCUUGGCAAACGCAUGAGUGGUGGGCAUUGCUUGCUGAUUGCUUUGGGGUUAAAUAGUUCUUGAGAGAAGUUCAGAGAUAUCUAAAGCAAAUCUCCGACAGCUGCUAUGGAUUGAUUGACAGGAGUUGAGAGAUAGCAUUGGCAAAGGGGUGUUAUUUUCUCAUAUGAGGGUCCCUUGAUCCAUGACAUUUCACACAGCACACAUUUAAAGUUUAUUUUCACAGAAACACUGUCUCGGCCAAGGGAAAAAACAAAAGAAAAUUUGUUUAGAGGUGAUGGCUGCUCGUGGUAGCAUCCAGUGGGACCCCAGCCCAAGAUGUGCUGACCUGGGGUUGAUGGGAUGUUCCCCCUUUCCCUUUGACUACCUAGAGACAGAUCAACCCUGUACCUUCUUCUCAAAAUGUCUUUCUGCAUUUUCGAACUCUGGCUUUACGUUCCAGCAAGGGGAAAGAAGUGCUGUCUGCAUAUGUUCAAGUCCAAGGCCAGCCUGGUCUACAUAUGAAGCCUGCUGCAGCUGGGAGGAAAGGCUGGGGAUGACCAGGUACCCCUCUUUUACAGUGGAGCCCAGCAGGGCCCCAGAUCAGACUUAGCUUUCUUCAGCCAAUGUCCACACCUCUUGCGGGGGCAACACCGUUGCUAGACUGUCUCCAGCAUGCUUGCUAGCUCUCAUUGGUGCCCACAAUGAGCCUCUGCUGCUAUGGGCCUUCCAGAAUCAGGCUCUAUCGUUUGCAAAACCCCCUGCCGUUGAGAUGACUGUGCAACUUACCGCUUAAACCAGGACCCUUGAGAGACAAUGUGAGGUACAUUUUAAAAUAUGAUGGGCAGGCAUGUUGUAAUCCCAGCUCUUGGGAGGCAGAGGUGGGUUGAUCUCAGUGAGUUCAAGGUCAGCCUGGUCUACAUAUAAAGUUCAGGCCAGCCAGGGAUACAUAAUGAGAACUUGUCUCACCAGACAGUCAAGAGCUGGAGAGGUGGUUCAGUGGUUAAGAGCCCUUGCGGCUCUCCCAAAACACCUGGGGUCAGUUCCUAACAUCUGCAUGGUAGCCUACAACUAUUUCUAACUCCAGUUGCAAGGGAUCCAGUGCCCUCUUCUGGCCUCUGUGGGAACUGCAAGCGCAUGGUGCACAUAUAUCCAUGCAGGCAAAACACUCAU